AUGACAGUAUCAAGCACCGGUGGCCCUGCAUGGACAGUCACAGGACUAUCGAGCCUACUGCUCCCAUUCUCGCAACUAGCCAGCCAUAUCAUAUCCACCUUCAUCAUGACAAUUUUAAUAGCGUUUGCUCUCAGUUGGACUGCCCACGAUCCCAUCGAACGUGCCCAGAAAAAAGAUAAUAAGGAGAAGGCUCGUAGAAGGAUCUCAUCACCAGGCUCAUUGCUGUCGCUGCUUGCCGAAGAGUCGAAUGUCGAUGCAUCUAAAGCAUUAAAUGAUAUUGAUAAUUGUAAGACGACGCCUAGGAAUCCACCAAGGCCGUUAGUGGAUACUCUGGGAAUCAAAAUGUUGUUGGGGAAUCGUCGGAAUCAUGAACGGCCUGCGUUGAUGGAUCCAAACGUAGCAAAGAUGCGCAAGAUAUCCACCUCUGUCGAAUACUAUGCAACCUUCCAUGGCUAUGAGUGUGAUACACAUCGUGCGACCACACUUGAUGGCUUUUCGCUAUUGCUACAUCGAAUACGUGCCAAGAGCAGCACUAGUGCUUCGUCGCCACGUAAAGAAACGAUAUUGCUGGUUCAUGGACUGUUUCAGUCCAGUGGUGUGUUUGUUACGAAUGGACGGGGGUCUUUAGCGUUCUAUCUUGCUGAUUUGGGGUAUGAUGUGUGGUUGGGUAAUAACAGAUGCGUAGAACGAUUACACUGUGAAUUCAAAUCGUCAGAUAUUCGAUUUUGGGACUGGUCGUUAGACGAACUCGCUAAAUACGACCUCCCCGCAAUGGUAGACUACGUUCGCAGAGCCAGCCAGGUUGAAAAGAUCAUCUAUAUUGGUCAUAGUCAAGGAAACGCUCAAGUAUUCUUGGGACUGAAACUGGAUCCUGCAUUGUCAAACAAGAUUUCUUGUUUUGUUGCGCUGGCGCCCACUGCAUACAUUGGACCUCUUCUCAACACCGCCCCUCUGAAGUAUAUGGUGGCAAUGAGCUCGCCUGUAUACCGUGCCAUCUUCGGCAUCAAGGAGUUUCUUCCUAUAAUGAAUGUCGUGCAAGCAUACUUUCCCACUUCGCUUUUCAUGUCACUAGCAUACUCAAUGUUCGCCUACCUCUUCUCAUGGCAUGACGAGAACUGGGACGAAUCUCAUAAACCUCAUUACUUUCAAUUCACGCCACGUCCAACGUCUGCAAAGGCCAUUCUUCAUUGGGCUAGAUGUGCUAAACUGAGAACUCUGGUACCGUGGAGUAGUACGACGGAUGAUAACACCACUCCAGCGCCAUAUUCGACUAGUUAUGACUUUAGUUGUUUGGGUGAUAUCAAGCUAGCUCUCUUCUAUGGUAGCCGUGAUCGUAUUAUAGAUGGUGAUCGUGUUAUGAGAGAAGCACGUGGCAAAUGCAAUCUCGUAUACGGUGAGCAUCUAGACGGCUACGAGCAUCUGGAUGUAGUCUGGGCAGUUGACGCCAAGAGCCGAGUCUUUGAUCCUAUUGCUCUUAUAUUCGACAGGCUACGCGAAUCCAAAAAGAUCAAGGAAAACCUUCCAACACAUUUCGCAAACCUACCAGACAGCACCAAGAUGGAAGACGGAAUCCAAGACCACGACAGGACUUCGCCAUCCGAUGCACCUGACUCGAGCAUCGCCAUUGAGAACGGACCAGUAGAAAAGUCAGCCAAAGAUGAAAUACCCGACGAAUUAAGAAUACCGAAAGCUCAACGAGCUGCCGUUGUAUUUGAGUUGGGCAAGCCAGUCGUGUUUGAGGACAACUGGCCUGUAUCGACGCCAGGAACUGGAGAAGUGCUUGUUCAUGUUAUAAGGACGGGUGUAUGUCACAGUGAUUUGCAUACAAUGGAAGGAGCAACUCCUGGUACUCCAUUGCCUCAUAUUGGAGGACAUGAGGGAGCUGGGUUUGUCGUAGCUGUGGGAGCAGAAGUACACGAUGUCAAAGUCGGUGAUCGUGUCGGUAUCAAGUUCAUAUCGUAUACAUGCGGAACAUGCGAAUACUGCCUCGCAGGCCACGAAACAGUCUGUGAACGACAACAGACAACUGGAUUGGCUAUACCGGGUACAUUUCAACAAUACGUGAUUGCAAAAGCGCAGGGGCUCGCCCGUAUCCCUGCUGAAGUGUCGUUUGAUCAGGCUGCACCUAUAUUAUGUGCUGGUAUAUCAGUGUACAAGGGACUCAAGGAGCUGGAUAUAAAGGCUGGACAGUGGGUUUGUGUUCCUGGUGCUGGUGGUGGUCUUGGUCACUUGGCAGUUCAAUAUGCCAAGGCAAUGGGAUUCAGGUGUCUAGCAAUAGACGGGGGAGAAUCCAAACGAGAAUUAUGUUUACAGCUUGGUGCAGAUUCGUAUUUGGAUUUUUUGUCUACCAAGGACGUUAUAUCUGAAGUCAUCAAGAUUACUAAAGGAGGUGCUCAUGGUGCUCUGAUUGUCGCUACGAGCCAAGUAGCUUACUCGCAGGCUCCAUUAUAUAUGAGACCAUGGGGCACAAUAGUAUGUAUCUCACUCCCCGCAAACGCCAAACUAGACUCUGUCAUCGCCGAUGUAGUCAUGCGAAGACUGACUAUACGAGGAAGUGUGAUGGGGGAUCGAUUGGAUACCGCCGAAGCCCUCGACUUUGUGGCAAGAGGGCUCGUCAAAUGUAUUGUUGAAGAGUAUCCAUUGUCGGCGCUGAAUGAUGUGUAUAGUCGUAUGCGGAAAGGUGAUAUUGCUGGACGUAUAUUGCUGAAUACCGCUGAAUGA